AUGGACAUUAUUCAGCAAAGUGUGAUUAUUGCUCAACUAAAUGGUCAAGAGCAAUCUAAACAUUCAAAACGACAAAAAUUAAAUAAUCAGCAUGGUCUUACAAAAUUUUUUCCACAAAAAACUGGAGGUGGUUUGUCUGAAGAACGAAUUAAUGCCAUAAAUGUUGCAUUAUUAAAAGCUUUUGUGGUGUGCGGUAUUUCAUUUUCUGUAAUUGAAAACCCAUUUUUUAUCGACUUGCUUCAAACUUUGUGCCCGGAAUAUCAACCACCAUCAAGAGAAGUUUUAGCAGGACGAUUAUUGGACCAGGAGUACUCUAAAGUUGUAAUUAAACGUGAGGCUAUUUUUCGUGAAUCAAAUAAUCUAACUAUUG